GGCUGGCAGUCUUUGUUUCGCAUCGAUCGAUAUGUGCUGUCGUUGCUGUGGUGUGACCCAACAGAAGGUAUGGGUAUUCGGUAUCGGGACACUGAUGGGCGUCUCAGGACUCCUGUCCGUCAUAUGGGGACCUAGUUUCAUGGACACGCUGAUAAUGAAGCAACUGCCCCUAACGCCCACCUCGAAGACCUUCGAGAAGUGGGAGGAGCUGCCCAUUCCCAUAUACCUGCACAUGUACCUUUGGAACUGGACCAAUGCCCAAGAAGUGCAGGCCAACGGUGUGAAGCCGAUCUUCGAGCAGUUGGGUCCUUAUGUCUAUCGGGAGGAACGCAAGAAAAUGGACUUGGAGUGGCACGACAAUGGCACAGUCACCUUCAAUCCCAGACGUAUUUGGUACUGGGAGGAGGAGAUGUCAGGCGGAAAACAGACGGAUAUAAUCACUGGCCCCCACCUGCCAUCCAUCGCUGCUGCCCAUUCAAUGAAGGAUAGUAAUAUUUUCUUAAAAGUCAUGUUCAACCAAGCCCUCAACGCGAACGGAGGAGCUCUGUACACCACCCACACCGCCUCGGAGUGGCUGUUUGAGGGCUUCUAUGAUGAGUUCCUGCACUACGCCAUGAAUCUGAACAAUCCGCUGGCACCUGAAAUUCUGGACGAUCACUUUGCCUGGUUCCUGCACCGCAACGAGUCGAAGGACUUCGAAGGACCCUUCACGGUGCAUACGGGUGUCGGCGACAUCAAGGAGAUGGGGGAAAUCAAGUACUGGAAGGGCAUGAACCACACGGGCUGGUACGAGGGCGAGUGCGGACGGCUCAACGGCAGCACUACAGAUCUCUUCGUGCCCGACGAGCCGAAGGAGAAGGCCCUCACCAUAUACAUCCCGGACACCUGUAGGAUCAUCAAUCUGGAGUACUCGGGAGUGAGCUACGAAAUCGAAGGCAUCCAGGGCUGGAAGUAUGAAGUGACCCCAAACACCUUCGACAAUGGCCAGCUGAAUGGGAACAUGAAGUGCUACUGUCCUGCGGACAGGUACCCAGACGAUUGUCCCGCCUCCGGAGCCACAUCUCUGGCUCCCUGCGGCGACGGAGCUCCCAUGUAUCUCUCUGCGGAUCACUUUAUGUACGCCGAUGAGAGCUAUGCCAACACGAUCACCGGCUUCGAUCCCGAGUACGAGAAGAACAAUUUCUACAUCAUAAUGGAGCGUAAAAUGGGCGUUCCCCUGAAGGUGGUCGCCAAUGUGAUGAUCACUUUGUACAUGGAGCAAGACUCUGUUAUCGACAUCCUAAAGGGCAUUCCCAGCUUCUACGCCCCACUCUUUACCACAUCCAGUCAAGCGCAAAUCGACAAGGCACUUGCCUCCGAGCUGAAGUUGGUCUUGAGUCUGCCCUCUAUUGCUCGCUAUAUGGGAGUGGGACUGCUCUGUGUGGGCUGCAUCCUUAUAGCCAUUGGAUCUCUCUUGACUUGGAAACGGAAGUGGUACGGCCAGGCCGAGGCUGACAGACUUGCUCUUAGAGACAACGAGGUGAUUGAAAGCGAGACAGAAGUGGUCCCCAGGAAUGAGUAGAAGCAACUAUUUUGUGAUUUUUAGUAGACUAAGAGCGUAUCAAUAAAAUAAAGAUUUAACUAUAACCAGAUGUAAAUAGUAAACAGAA